UUAAAAUUAAAACAAAGAUAUGUCGUUUACCGAGACAACUGGUUUCUUUGCCGAUUACUAUUUGAAUUUAAAAAAUUCUAUUAACAAUUUCGAUGUGGAAGUUGAAAAAAUCAAAUUGUGCAAAAAUGAUCUAGAACGUGUAAAAUUUUUAGAGAAUUUCAAAGGUGUCCAAGAACAAGAUGAGAAACUGCCAAUACGCCGGGAAUUUGAGGGUAAAAAUUCCACCACAGCAGCUGAAUUUAAGGAAAGGGGCAAUUUAGCGUUCAAAUCAAAACAAUGGUUGGAGGCUAUGGUUUUAUAUACCAAAAGUUAUGUAGCUUUGCCAGAGGAUAAAGUUUUCGAAAAAGCUAUUAUAUUGGCAAAUCGCUCUGCUUCUCUGUAUCAUAUGGAAAAGUAUGAUGAGACUCUAAUUGAUAUUAAACGUUCUGUGGAUUAUGGCUAUCCCAAGGAUUUGUUGUACAAACUGUACGAUCGUCAGGCUAGAUGUUAUAUGGCUAAAAAGGAUUAUCCCAAUACCAUACACUGUUUCAAAAAAUUUAUUACCUCUAUGGACGAUGCUCCUACUUUACAAUCAGAUAAACGUUCUAAAAUGAUUAUGGACGCCAUGACCAUGAUUAAGAUGCUGGAAAGAGAUCCUCGUACAAAUAAGCAAAUUGAGUUGCAAAAGAAGAAAGGAAUUCCCGCUGAAAUUGUGCCCAGUUUGGCUAUACCCGAUGAAAAGGAGUUAUUAAGUUCUUCUAUACGUUUUGAUGAGAGCCGUCAAGAGGGUCGUUUCGCUCGUGCCGCUACCGAUAUCAAAGUAGGUGAAGAAAUUCUUAUAGAGAAGCCAUUUGUGUCGGUUCUUUUGGAGAAGUUUUCCAAAUCACAUUGCGAUCAUUGCUUUAUAAGAACUGCGAUUCCAGUGGCCUGUCCAAAGUGUGCUGAUGUUAUAUACUGCUCAGAAAAAUGUCAACAACGAGCAAUGGCCUCCUAUCACAAAUACGAAUGCGGUAUAUUGCCUACAAUCUGGCGUUCGGGAGCUUCGGUUAAUUGUCAUAUGGCUCUACGUAUAUUCGCUAAUAAGCCGGUGGAAGAGUUUUUACAAAUAGCCGAUAAAGUAGAUGCCAAGCUUUAUAUAGAACAAAUACAAAAACUACCGAAAGAUGACUAUAGAAGAGUUGCUCACUUGGUAAGGCACGAAGACACCAGAACGGCUUCGAAUUUCUUUCAACACACUUUAAUGGCCCGCUUCUUAACCAAAUGUUUGUUGAAAUCGAAUUACUUCGGUGACAAUGCCAAAACGGAAGAUAUAUUAAAGAUUGAGGCUUUGGCUUUAAGGAGUUUAGAAUUUUUGCAAUUCAAUACUCAUGAAGUGGCUGAACUGCACAAGUCCCAAAGGGAUGGCAGUGAAAAGACUCAGUUUAUUGGUGGUGCUUUAUAUCCCAAUUUGGCAUUAUUCAAUCACUCCUGUGAUCCAGGUGUUGUAAGAUAUUUCCGCGGCACAACUAUUCACAUAAAUACCGUUAGGCCCAUUGAGGCGGGUCUACAAAUAUCUGAAAAUUAUGGUCCCAUUUAUACGCAAGAGGACCGGAGUGAACGUCAAUCAAAGUUAUUGGAUUUAUAUAAAUUUGAAUGUUGCUGUGAUGCUUGUUUGGAGAAUUGGCCAACUUUUGAUAAAUUACCCACUGAUGUAAUACGUUUCCGCUGCGAUGCUCCCAAUAAUUGCACGGCUGUUGUUGAGGUCCCACCAUCUUGCAAUGACUUUAUGAUCAAGUGCCCCAAAUGUUUGGAGUGUACAAAUAUUUUGAAGGGCUUGAAAGUUAUGCAGGAUACUGAAAUGAUGACACGUACCGCCAAACGUCUCUACGAUACGGGUGACUAUUCCAAGGCUCUAUAUAAAUAUAUCGAUUUGAUCAAAAUCAUGUAUGAAGUUCUAGUACCACCCUUUCCCGAUUUCUGUCAAUGCCAACAAUACCUCAAAGAUUGUUUCUUACAUUUUGGUAAUUUCUAUAAUUUAGAUUAAAUUACGAUUCAAAAUUACAAUUAAAUAUAAUUGCGAAUUAUGUGUAACUAAUUUUACCCCUAAAUUGAGUGUUAAAUUUGAAAUUUUAAUCCAAUAAGGGAUUGCAAAAAAUGUUCAGCCAAUUUUUAUCGUCAAAAUA